CAGCCGCCGGCAGAUGCGCUAGGCGCUCGCCCUAGAGAACACCCGCUGGGGUCAAACAUGGAAGCUCCCAAUGGAGACGACUGUCAGGCCAAUCAGUUGUGCAACGCUGCCGCCCGCGGAGACCUAGUGACAGCGAAGAGGCUACUGGACAGCGGGGCGGAUCCCAAUGCCACCAAUGUCUUCGGCCGGACCCCGAUCCAGGUUAUGAUGAUGGGAAACUCCAAAAUGGCAGAGCUGCUGCUGCCAAGAGGAGCAGAUCCCAACCGGCCAGACCCCUCCACAGGUGCAACGCCAGCCCAUGAUGCAGCCCGGGAGGGAUUCCUGGACACUUUGAAGCUCCUAUACCACAGGGGGGCUCACUUGGAUCAUCUGGACAAACAAGAUAACAGCCCGCUAGACCUGGCAAGAAAGAAUGGGCAAAAUCACGUGACUGAUUAUCUGGUUGAAAUGUUUCAAUGUGAUACAUGAAGAAGCAGUAGAAAAACUGGAGCAGGGAAUGCUCCUGAAAAGUAAUGAAAAUGACACCAAUAAAGACCAUGGUGGCAUGGAUAAGCCUGGGACAUUCAUGCUGGAUACCCUUUUUUUCCUCAAGACUCAUGGAAAGACUAGAAGGAACAUGCUCUUUCCGACUGAAACUGGGGUCUUCUUUUUUUUCAUUAAAAAAAAACAUUAACUGCAUAUAGGGAAUUUAUCAAUUGGAAAAAAUAGUUCCAAUGAGGUCUCUCUUCUGGCUUGCUAAUUUGACUGUAUAUGUGCUCAGAUUUCCUCCCCACUUUCCUUCUCCCACCCAAACGGAACUGCAACUCACCAUAGA